GAUUGUUGCUGAUUUUUUUUUUGACCGUACUUUAGGUCUUGUCGUUUGCGAUGUCCCUCACGAUAUGCUUCGCCACGAGAUUCGGUCUCGGCGAACAUCGUGAAAGUUCUCUAGAUGACCUCGCGGCCCCGCUUGGCAAGGCUCGGUACGCAUACACGCUACUUUAUAACCCUGCUCUCAUGGCGACGAAGACGUCAAUAUUAGUCUUUUACCUUGGGCUUUCGAAGAAUUACAAACUUCUGAGAAUCGCUAAUUGGGUGACGUUGGUAGCCGUUAACGUUGCCGGGUUGAUUUUGACCUUGCUCAUUGCUUUUCAGUGUCAACCUGUCUCAGAAACAUUUCAAACUUCUCAUUCCCCCUCGUUCGAAUGCAUACCGACAUAUACAAUGCUUUAUGCUUCUGGUCCUGUCAAUCUGAUAACAGAUUUGGCGAUACUCGUUUUGCCGAUGCCGAUCUUGACUUCUCUAAGGCUGCCUAGGAAACAGAAGAUCAUAUUAAUCGUGGUAUUCGCUGCUGGAGGAUUCGUUACGGUAAUUGGUAUCGUGAGAAUUCAUUUCUUCGAGAAGGCAGUCGCUACUACUUUGCUAAACUGGGAUGGUUCGCUCUCCUUCAUGUGGAGCUCAAUCGAAGUCAACGUUGGAAUAUUCUGCGCCUCAAUCCCGAUGUUAAAGCCGCUCGUUGCUAGAUUAUUUCCGAGCUGCAUCGGCCUCACAGGUGAAACAUCCACCACAGCGGGCUUGACCGGCGCUUCCGGAGCCCCCACUGGUCUCAGUGCGGACGAUCGGCCACCAGGAUUCUUCGAUCUUCCGAGGCCGAAGUCUGCCUUGGCGCUCAAUAUGCGAGAAUCUAUUCGGCCAGUAUGCCAGAUUGCCGGACUGUUCUUCAUUUGGGGGUUUGCGUAUGGCUUUGUGGAUACGCUGAAUAAGCGGUUUGAACGGCUUAUCGGCAUAACUACUCAGCAGUACGUUGGCUUGCAUGCUUCUUAUUUUGGGGCGUAUGCUAUUGCACCAUUAUUGAUCGGGGGACCGGUGCUUAAGAGAUACGGGUUUAAGGCUACAAUCAUGGUUGGGUUGACAAUUUCCGGGUGUGGUUGUCUAGUUUUUUGGCCCAGUGCAGUGCUACGGAGUUAUGGGGGCUUUUGCGCCUCGAUGUUUCUUGUAGCGACGGGGUUGGCUAUGAUUGAGUGUGCUGCAAACCUAUUUAUGAUCCUUUGCGGCCCUACUAAAUAUAGUGAAAUACGAUUGAAUCUGGUACAGAGUGUGCAACCCGUCGGAAUCUUACUAGCGUCCACCUUUGCGUCCAAAGUGCUACCAACCGUAUCGGGGACACAGGAAAGAAUACUAACAGUGACCUCGCUCAUUGACGCUCAGUGGAUAUAUCUCGCCUUCGCACUAUUUACUUUCAUAUUAGCAUUCGCGUUCUACUACGCCGACAUCCCCGAGGUGAGUGACGCAGACUUCGGUCCCCAGGAUGGUGGGGCCGACAAUGUCCCCAAAUCGCUCCUGAGAAGCGAGCAUGGCAUCAGCUUUGUCUGGGGGUUCCUAGCGCAGCUAUUCUACGUGGGUGCUCAAGAGGUGGUAAUGUCCUUCUCAAACGCUUACUUUGGCAAACCCAUCUUCGAAAGCUCUCCGCAUACCCGCACGGGGCAGGGCCUUUUCAUUGCCGGCCGCUUCACCAGCACGGUCUUAAUGUUCGCCGUGAAGCCUAGAUGGGUCCUCCUUGCUUCCCUCUGCGGCGGAGGGAUAUUCUCAGCCCUGGCAAUGGCCGUCUCGGGUAGCCAGGCGCAAGUCGGCAUGCUGCUAAUGGUCUGGCUCUUUGCAGCACCCUGCUUCCCAAUAAUCUUCGCGUUAGCUACCCGCCGGCUGGGGGUAUACUCCAAGGAUGUGUCAAAGUACCAAGUCUCGGCUGUCGGCGCGGGUGCGAUAUUCCCAGGGGUGUAUUAUGCUGUCAUGCGCAGGAGGGGCGAUGGUGAUUGGGCUGCCAGAUACGCCAUGUGUGUGCCGACAGCAUUGUUUGCUAGUGCCGCGACAUAUCCCAUCUACCUAUGUAUGAGGCCUAAAGAGCGGGAGCGGUUAAAGCGAGUGGAGAAGGGUGCGCAGUCGCUAGGCCUGUGUAGGAAGAGGAGGGGUGAGAUUUCAGGGGUGGAGAGCGAUCAUGCUGAGGCGGCGGGGCAUUCUUAGAGAGAUAGAGAGAGAGCCUGCUGCUCUAUAUCUCAAUAAUGUUUGAGUUUCCUUUAUUUUUAUUUUCGUUCUUAUGUGUAUUUGAGCGGGGCUGGGAGUUGGGAGUUUGGCGCAUGGGCAUUUCUUAUUUUUUUUAUUUUUUUUCUCCCCUUCCUUCCCCUCAUCCCCGAAAGUUUAGGGAGAAUCUCUCCACUUUACAAUAGCUCAUUCACGGAACAAAUAGGGGUUGUUCAUGUGCCGAUAAAGUAUGCACUAUCUGUAGUAAAAUAUUAAAAUGCAGCGUCGAGAAUGCUUGGCCCGCUCGUUCGCUA